UUCCCGCUUUCAGUUCGCCGCCGAAAGCAGAACGUGCCAGACCCGAAAAGUUUAGUUUCGAGACGGAAAUCCCGGAAAUUUAUUCCGCUGUAAAUUCAAAUCCAGCCAGAAAAGCACUGAUCGCGAACGUAAAUAAACAAAGCGAACUUUAUUCGUGAAAAGUCAAAAGGUCCGCCAACAUGGGUUGCGCCACCACCAGCGUCAAGAUCACCUCUAUCGUUCUGAAUGCCAUUUUAGGGUUUCUGGCUGUGGGGGCUAUCGGAUGGAUUGCUUAUAAUGCGGACACGGAGACAGAAGAAUUCGUCAUAGCUGCCUACAUUGCCUGCUCGGUGAUCUUGCUCUUUGCCCUGCUGGGCAUCUUUGCAGCCAUCCGGGAAUCUGUGAUCCUGACAGCCACGAGUGCCGUCUUUUUGCUGAUCCUGGCCAUCCCGCAAAUCGUGAGCACCUGCCUGUUCCUGCACCAGUACGACGUGAAGAGCGGCCAGGAGAUGGUGGAGCUGGCCUGGCAGGCCAACAAUAUGGACGCACUGCAGCAGAAGCAUGAGUGCUGCGGCCAGACCAGUGCCCAGGACUAUGUGCAUCUUAGCCAGCUGAUUCCGCCCAGCUGCUACGCCGAUCUGCAGCAGACCCCCGACCAUCUGUACGUGGAGGGGUGCAUCGAGAAGCUGCAGAGCUUCUACGAGAGCGACAAGCAGCGUUUCAUCAUCGUGUCCUGGGUUCUAGUGGCCUUUGAGUUAAUCUGCUUUGCCCUGGCCGUCUUCCUAGCCGUCAGUUUUCAGAAUAAGCAGCGGCGCAUGGAGUUCUAGGGCGCCGCAGGAGCCUCAACCUGAUCCCACCACAGUACAAACGGAACUCGGAGUUGGGGUCUCACUAGCUUGUCUCGCUUCGACAUUUCGAAACCAAAAGAUUGGACAGUCAUAAAUUAUUCACUCCUACUUUAAAUUUACCUGUAAUUAAAGUACAUAAAUAUAGUUCAAUUACCCAUUAUAAUUAUCAUAAUAAAAGUGCGCCAUGUUUGUUUUCACAUGUCUCGCCGCCGCCUGUCA